AGUUUGCUGAGCAAAAAUUAAAAUCGCAAUGUUUGGCCGAAAAUUUAUCCGAAUUCCGCAGGUGCUGCUGUGCUGCUUUGCUAGGGUCGAUGAGUGCUAUCCACUGGGUGGUGGAAUUAUUUUUCCUCGCUGCCGUAGAACGCUUUGCUGGCUCGCGAACAGCAACGAACAACCAUAGACCGUGUCGAUUUCUUGUGGAAUGUGAUGGUGAAACCGGUCGAUUGUGGAUGCGAUGUAGCGAUGGAACCGGAAAAGAUGAUUUCGAUGACCAUUCAAGCGUCGGUUGGAGCGUACGAUUGGGUGCUAUUGGUGCCAUUUUACAACGAAUUGACAGCCUGUCGAUAUACGACCAGAGGCUGAUUCAAACGAUGACCUGGGCUGUGAACCUGUCGACAUUCGACCGGAGGUUCGCACAGAACUUGUGCUGCGCCGCGUACCAACCUGUCGAAAUUCGACCAGAGGUUGAUACCUGA